AUGGUCAGCGAGAACGAGAUCGCGCAGGCGGUCUUACAAGCCGUCGAUGGGCUAUUCCCAGAAAGUGACGAAGUCUCUAGUGCUGAACUGUCGCCCGAUAGUUUGCCUGGUGUUCUGGCUUUACUUCAAGAGACCAUAGAUGGCGUUAAGUCCGAAAUCAAACAUAUUGGAGAGUCCCAACGGUCUGAGGUUGCAACAUGGGUUCAAGAAGCUCGCCAGCUUCACACAGAGCUAUCCCAAGAUCAUAGCUCACUGUCGGAGAUAAUUCAUUUCGAAUCGUAUGGAGCUAAACUAGACAGCAGAGUCUACGACCUAAGUAGCCAAAAAAAGCUGCUGGGGGCUGAAAUAUUCUUUAACGAGGAGCUUGUAUUGCUGUUGUCAAAUUUGAAAGAACUUCAGGAUGCUGUUGGCAGUGCGCAGUCGUCCCUCGAAGAGGGCGCUCUUGAUACUGCCUGUAGAUGGUUCGAAGAUGCAACUAGCUUAUUCCAAAAAGUUUCAACGUUCGAUCAAGUUCUUGCGGUUGGUUUGGCCAAGGAAAAUAUUCGGUUAUUGAGAGAAGAUAUUUCUGGUAAAGUGGAAAGCUGUUGGGCAGAACUCAUAACCUCAAACCCAUCCGAUUCUAGUAUAACGAUCCAAAACAGUGUGUCAGUUGGCCUCGGAUCGGUAAACGGCGAGCGUCUUGUCCAGACCCUCGAAAGACUUGGGAUUUUAAAAGAACGGUUGGAUAGGUUACACUACCGAAUUACUACAAUACUCGUUUUCCCACGGUUGGAUCAUGAAUCUGGAGCCGGUCUCACUUUUACAACCAACGAAAGCAAGACUCAGCUUCAGUUAAAACGGCGCAGCAGUCCUAAUUUCACGGUAACAUCGCUUUACAAUGACCUGAAACUGGUCCUUGAAUUUCUUACCGCAAAGUUCGGAGUGCAAAUAUCCUUAUUAUUGUCGAAAACGCUCACACCAGCCAUCCUGAACACUCUCAUGGGAUCCUAUUUGCCUGGUUGCAUUCCAACAGACCCCGAUCAUUUCAGCGAGUUUGAGUUGGUCUUAAAAGAAACUCUUGCCUUUGAAGGAUAUUUGUCACAAACGGGAUGGUUGGAUGGGCACGGCGGUGAGCUGAAGGACUGGGUGGCUCGAGCGCCUCGAAUUUGGCUCAACCGACGUCGGGAAUUGGCGUUGGAUUCUCUUCGCCAAACAUUUGCAUUGGGUCUCGGUCAACGGCAUCGUGUGGAACGGGUCGAAAGGGUGCAAGAGGUAGAUGGUGUUGCGACAGAAGUUCCCAAGCCUAUCGACGAGGGCGAGGAUAAUUGGGACACAAACUGGGACGUAGAGAUAGAAGAUGAAGAGGAGGGAAAAAAACCUCCGCCAUCAACAGAGCCAGCCGUGGCAAAGUCUAAACCAGACCUGAACUCCACGGUGGACGACGAUGAGGAUGUUAGCGGAUGGGGUUUCGAUGAUGAUAUCGAUAUUGAGGUUGACGAACCAUCAGAGAAGCCAGCCACCACCGAGGCUAAACCCAAUCCGCCUGACGCAGAAGAGGACAACUGGGGUUGGGGAGACGAUAAUGACCAACCUCAGGAACCAAUUGCUCCAGCGAGGACUAGUGUGCGACAACAAGAAAAAGAAGUCAAGGACAUAACUUUACGAGAAACCUAUAGCAUAACAUCCAUUCCGCAAGAAGUCAUCGCUAUAAUUAUGAGCACGAUUUCCGAGGCGGAAAAAUUAGCUCAGCCCCAAUAUUCAACUUUAUCAAUUGCUUCCUCAAUAUCCGGUCUUUUAUCCGUACCGACAUCAAUUCUCACUUUAUACAGGGCUCUAUCUGCAAUAUUCUAUCGAGACGAUCCUAACCCGGCAAUAUCUAUCUAUAAUGAUUGCGAAUGGCUAGAAGAAAAUCUGGCGGGGCUUGAGAAAGAUGUAAAAAGCCGUUCCGGGCCUUUUGUUGGAUUCGAUCUCCAGCCGAGUAUCAAGGCCAUCUCGACGUUUGGAAGGAGAGCUUAUUGGAGAGAAAUGGAUAGCAAAAGAGUCAUUUUAUCUGAUCUGAUGGAUGGCGCCCAAGGAUUCGAUCAUUGCACGCAAUACCCUUAUUCCGAAAACUGCGAGACUGCGGUUGGAAGCGUAAUCGAUACAAUACAGGGCAUUGAAAUGCAGUGGAGGGACACACUCUCGAGAUCGGCGCUCUUACAAUCGCUAGGCUCGUUACUAAAUACAGUCGUCCUGAAGUUUAUUGCCGACAUUGAAGACUUGGGCGAUAUUUCGGCUGACGCGUCUGAGAAAUUGGCUUCGUAUGUUUCUGAGUUUGGAAGACUAGAGUCUUUAUUCAAACUUCCUGAUCAACCAAGUGAUGCUUUGCCCGUCACAGCUGUCUAUUGCGAGAAAUGGCUAAAGUUUCAAUAUCUUGGAAAUAUUUUGGAUAGCAGCAUGGCAGAGAUCAUGGAUCUUUGGAGAGAGGGCGCUCUCGUGGAUUUUGAGAAAGACGAGUUAAUGGACCUAGUUAAGGCGCUUUUCGCAGAUGGGGAGAAAAGAUCGCAAGUGCUUGAUGAGCUACGGCGUGGGUAG